UAUUAUGGCCACCAGUCGUUACCGCGCCACGGUCCACAGAAGAGGAUUAAAAAAUAUCACACAGCCGAAGGCUAGAGAAGAACCCUCCUAUAGCUAAACUUAUAUAAACAAAUACAUUUUUUUUAUUGCCAACACACUUUGGCUUAAGUGUUAAGAGUGAUUGUCAGCUAAGAGCUAAGUGCAAUGUUCCAGGACAAAGGGUGGAUCCUUGUGACCCUGAUCACCUUGGUGACGCCGUCGUGGGCUGCUUACAAACUCCAGGAGCGAUAUAGUUGGAACCAACUGGACUUUGCUUUCCCGAAUACCCGACUAAAGGACCAAGCUCUGGCUAGUGGAGAUUAUAUUCCGCAAAAUGCUCUACCUGUUGGAGUCGAGCACUUUGGCAAUCGGUUAUUCGUCACUGUUCCCCGCUGGCGGGAUGGGAUUCCGGCCACUCUGACCUAUAUAAACAUGGACCGCAGUUUGACGGGUUCACCGGAGCUAAUUCCGUAUCCAGAUUGGCGCUCAAAUACAGCUGGAGAUUGCGCCAACAGUAUUACCACCGCCUAUCGCAUUAAAGUGGAUGAGUGUGGUCGGUUGUGGGUAUUGGACACUGGAACCGUGGGCAUCGGCAAUACCACCACUAAUCCGUGCCCCUAUGCGGUAAAUGUCUUUGACUUGACCACGGAUACGCGAAUUCGGAGAUACGAGCUUCCUGGCGUGGACACAAAUCCAAAUACUUUCAUAGCUAACAUUGCCGUGGAUAUAGGCAAAAAUUGCGAUGAUGCAUAUGCUUAUUUUGCCGAUGAAUUGGGAUACGGCUUGAUUGCUUACUCCUGGGAACUGAACAAGUCGUGGAGAUUCUCGGCUCAUUCGUAUUUUUUCCCCGAUCCAUUGAGGGGCGAUUUCAACGUCGCUGGUAUUAACUUCCAAUGGGGCGAGGAGGGUAUAUUUGGUAUGUCUCUUUCGCCCAUUCGAUCGGAUGGUUAUCGUACCCUGUACUUCAGUCCGUUAGCAAGUCAUCGACAAUUUGCCGUAUCCACGAGGAUUUUGAGGGAUGAAACCAGGACGGAAGAUAGCUAUCAUGACUUUGUUGCCUUAGAUGAACGAGGUCCAAACUCCCAUACCACUUCACGUGUGAUGAGCGAUGAUGGUAUUGAGCUGUUCAAUUUAAUAGAUCAAAAUGCAGUGGGUUGCUGGCACUCAUCAAUGCCGUACUCACCACAAUUUCAUGGCAUUGUGGAUCGCGAUGACGUUGGCUUAGUUUUUCCGGCCGAUGUGAAAAUUGAUGAGAACAAAAAUGUUUGGGUUCUAUCAGAUAGGAUGCCCGUUUUCUUGCUGUCUGACUUGGAUUAUUCAGAUACUAAUUUCCGAAUUUACACGGCUCCUUUGGCCACUUUGAUUGAGAAUACUGUGUGUGAUUUAAGGAAUAACGCCUAUGGGCCGCCAAAUACCGUUUCAAUACCAAAACAAGCCGUUUUGCCAAUGGGUCCACCGUUAUAUACAAAACAAUAUCGUCCUCUCUUGCCACAGAAACCUCAGACCAGCUGGGCUUCCUCGCCGCCUCCUCCAAGUCGCACUUAUUUGCCCGCCAAUUCAGGCAAUGUAGUCUCCAGUAUUAGCGUCUCUACAAAUUCUGUGGGUCCUGCAGGAGUGGAGGUGCCAAAGGCCUAUAUUUUCAACCAGCACAACGGCAUAAAUUACGAGACAAGUGGUCCCCAUCUAUUUCCCACCCAUCAACCCGCCCAACCGGGUGUGCAGGAUGGUGGGUUAAAAACUUAUGUGAAUGCCCGCCAAUCUGGGUGGUGGCAUCAUCAGCAUCAAGGUUAACAUAAUCCUAUACACGGUACUUGGGUAUAUUCUCACACACUCGAUUGAUGUAAAGAAUAUUUUAAGACAACAACAUAGGGCAACAGCGGUUAAAAACCACACGACGUAUGAGCAAGUGGCAAAUCAAUACUUUAUCUAGGUAUGUUAAGCAAAAAAUAAUAAUAAAUCAACUUUUUUUUGAAGGUUAA